GUCAUGUGACCUGGCAGAUGAUGCAAACACACACACGUCUCUCCAGCUGCAAUAUAAGAGAUUAUGGAUGAUUUCUGUGCUCGUCUAAGAAGAAAAUCCUGCACGUUUUUGAUGUGUCAGUGAAAUGAACUGAAGCGUGAGCGUCUGUCCGUCAGCAAGAUGCAGAAACACACACACACAGACGCUCUUCAGUGACGCUGAGAUCACCACCUGCCGAGAUGGUUUGCAUUCUCACUGUGUUUGCAUGCAUUUCUUCAGCUCUUAUUGUCACCGGACACAUGGCACUGAAUGACAACCGUGAUGUCGUUAACGUGGCAAACUAUGCUAUGAACUUCCACAACCGCAUGAGCAACUACACUUAUGCCUUUAAAGUGGUGAAUAUCUUAUCAGAUGCUGCUCAGCUUUAUCCUCCUGCACGGGUGAAAUACACCAUACAGAUUGAAGCAGCACAGACGGUCUGCAGGAAUCAAGAGAAUGUCAAUCUCACACAAUGUGCUGUGCAGGAUAACGCUGAGUGCCAGGAAAUGAUUAUAUCCCCAAACGUGUGCUGUCACAUCAGUGUGUCUGAAUGGACCUGCGGUCAAUAAUACAUGCUUGCUUGCUUGCUUAUGCCUUAUUAUGCACUUGUGGCAUGUUUUUGUAAAUCAUUAUUUAUACUGUACUUAAUCAUAUUUUUACAUUUUCAUAAACUGCAGCUUUCAACUCAUUAACUUAAAAGCUUGUCUGUAGAGAUGUUUUAGUAACAUAGAUUCAAGCUUGUGCCAAAAAAUAAGUUAAAUAAAAAAGAUGGUCUCAUUAAGCAUUUAAA